AUGAACAGAUAUAAACCACAAAUGCUUGCUAAUAAAAUGACACAGUAUCAUGAUCAAAAAGAGGCACCUGAGCUUGCAUUUAUUAGCAAACGAUUACAUUCUAUUGUAGUUAAUUCAACAAGUAUUGAAUAUUUGUUCAGUGAUAUAGGAUUUAUUUAUUCAAAAUAUCGACAAGUACAUUUGCAAAGAGAUAAUUUACAGCCUAUUAAUAUGAAUACAAAUAAUAAAGUAUCAACUAAUAUGGAAAAUGAAGUAUCAGUUAAUAUAGAGUCUAAUAUUAAUAAAAUAGUUGAAGAGAUUGAUAAUACUGAUAAAGAAGUAGAAUCUGAUCUUAUUUUAAAAUUAGAUGGUGAAGUAUAUGAAACAGAUUAUGACUUAGAUAAUAUCGAAGCAUUAUAUCUAGCAGAUAAUCCUUAG